AGCAACUGCGCGCGACUGCACAAUCCUACACAGCCGCCUGGCCGUCGCGAGAGUUUUUUGGCACAAGUCAGCAUGACAUAAGAGCAAGUCGGACGUAACUCGGACACUUUUCUAACCGGCAUGCAUCUUGCGGUGAUCACCGGUGAUCGGUUCUGCGCAGAUUUUGCUCAUCUCAAACAAGCCCAUGGAUUCACCGCCCACGGACUGUUACGUCAAAAUCCAGGAAGUGUGGAAUUUACACUCAGACGUGCUGGAUGGCGGCUCCUGAGGCAGAGUUGGUGUUGAAAUGGGAAAGGGAGCAGGCACAUCUUAGGGAAAGUGUGAAGGAGGAGGACACAGAGGAUUGGCAGAGGAGUCCAGACUUCAGCGGGCUGGAGAGAGUGGGAGGAGUAGAUCUUUCAUUCAUUAAAGGCGAUGACAUCAAUGCCUGUGCUCACCUGGUGGUGCUCACAUACCCUCAUAUGAAGGUUCUGUAUGAAGAUUGUAAGAUGGUGACUCUUAAUGCCCCUUAUGUGGCUGGUUUCCUGGGCUUCAGAGAAGCCCCACCUCUGCUACAGGCCCUGGAGAAACUGAAAAACAUACAGCCAAAUCUAAUGCCACAGGUGCUAUUUGUGGAUGGGAAUGGACUAUUCCACUAUCGGGAGUUUGGUUUGGCCUGUCAUCUUGGUGUUCUGUCAGAUCUGCCCUGUGUGGGUGUGGCCAAGAACCUUCUGCAUGUUGAGGGAGUGGUGAGAAGUGAGGAGCACCAGUUGCAGAUCAAUGCUCUACAGAAGAGUGGGGAUAGUUUUUCACUGGCUACAGCCUCGGGGAGAGUUCUAGGGAAGGCUCUCCGCAGUUCCCAAAGCAGCAUCAAACCUGUGUAUGUUUCUGUGGGUCAUCGAAUCACUCUGGAUACAGCAGUCAGACUCACACACACCUGUUGUCUCUACAGAGUACCUGAACCAAUACGACAGGCGGACAUCCGUUCAAGAGAAUACCUGCGUUGCCGUGACAUUACCUAGAUGAACAGAUGGGGUGACAGGAGAGAAUGCUGUGAUGCUUACGUGUAUUAACACUGGUGAUUUCUCAUUUAAACAGUUAUUCUUGAAUCCAAGAAUUUACCAUUGUAGUGGAUUUGUAGUAUACAAGGACUUUUCUUUUUUCCUGGAGCUAUAGUGUCUGAAAACAAAAGAAGAGUAAUGUUAUUCAGCUUCAUGUUCUAAUGUCACCAGGAUCUGAUGUAAAUAAGAGAUUGUAAGAACAACACACUUUCCCAAGCAGAUCAAGUGUUUUUCGGGUACAUUCUGAAAAUAAAGUAAAGAAUUGAGGGAAUAAUUAAAAAAAAAAAAAAAAUGUUUCAGAAGUUUUGCUUUGUUAAUACACUUUUCCCCUUCAUAUUUGUAAUCACUGGGAUUAUUCUCAAUGUUACUGAAUUUAUUUCUUCAAUUCUUUCCCAUUUUAAUUUGUUGUAUAGCCUACUCUGCCCACUGCUGCAUUUAGUUUCAAUUUGCAUAUAAACUAUUUACAUUGUAAAUGUCAAUUGUAAAUAAAUAAGGAUAUAAAUAUCUUUAGUUGAUAAGUUUUUAGCUUUUUUUUCUCCUCCCAUCCCUGUACUUAUACCUAAUUAUGUUGUUUGUAUUGAAAGUGUCUGUUAUUUUUGAUAUCUUGGUUGCCCUCAGAAGAGGUUUAAUUUCAUGAACCACAUCAGUUCCAUAAAUCAGUUUUCUUUUAACUCUUGAAAUUAGGCUGCAUAUUUUUCAGGUUUUAACUUGAUGAUUUUAAAAAUGAUCUGGAAAGGAAUUACAAAAUUUAUAUUUCUGCUUGGCAAGCAUUUCACUUUUAACAGCAUUUAAGGGCAUGAUGGAGAUGUAACAGUGUUUGUCUGGAUACAUGACACUGGUACAAGUAAAUGAGGGAAAUUAGAUUUUACAUAGGCCGAAACAAAAAGGAGGAGGAUAUUUGCAUCGAUCCUCAUUCUCAAACAAACAACGCAGUCUCUUCCCUAUCUUGCUGUAACGAUUCAGUCCACUGAAGGCAAGCAUAGUGAUGAACCCAAGUGCAGUUUAUUUACAAACGUGAUCCAAAAUACAAACAUAAUCCGAGACUUGACUUGAACAGACUUGACUUGACUUGAACAGACUUGACUUGGCAUGGACAAACUAGACUCACCGACAGCAGGUUACAACAUCAAUACACGACCAGAGACAAUGGCAACAUGAUGGCUACUUAUAGCAAACAAAGAGAGUCACAUGACAAGAACCAACCAAUGAGAGACAGAACACACGACUAGGACAACCAAUGAGAACAUGACACAAUCAGAACGUGUAACAAAGAACAAGGGAACCAAUAGCAUGAAGACAUGAGGGCAAGGGAAGCAUAAAACAAACAGGAACCGUGACUAAACUUCAAAAUAAAACACAUGAAAACAUGAACAUAACACAAAACACAAAACCCACGUUACACUUGCCCUCCCACCUAUUGCAUCACCAAAGUGCUUUCAUAAUAUGGGCCAUAAAGGUAUAUGAAAACACUUAGAUUUUGUAUUUAUUUAUUAUCUAUCUGCUUGAAACA